AUGUCCGCCGAAGAACACGCCUUUUUGUACGGCAACUCCAACGACACAACAGCUACGGACGAUGCUACCCCCAACCCCUUCGACUUGGAGACACUGGACCGCAUCGUGGUGACGGAUCAAGCCAUGGGCGCCCGGUGUGCCGUGGCGGCGGACUUUGAUGGCGACGGGCGACAAGAUCUAGUGAGCGCCAGUUCCAACGACAAUGCCGUUUCGUGGUAUCGCAACGAAGGACCCAACGAAGAUGGCAGUGGUGUUCGUUUUUCCAUUAAACGCAAAAUCACCUGGUCGUCUCUCGGCAGUCGCAUUGUGACGGUAGCCGAUAUUGACGGCGAUGGCGACAUUGAUGUCGUGGGUGCUUCUUACUAUGACUCGUCGUUGCGAUGGUUUGAAAAUGACGGUACCGGUACUUUUACGGAACACUUGAUUUCUACCGGCGUCAAUGAAGGACAGGGUGUGGCUGUGGCCGAUGUCGAUAACGACGGUGAUCCCGAUAUUAUCUGUGCCUCGUCGGGAGAUAAUACCAUUGCCGUAUUCAAAAAUUUGGGUGGAGGGACAUUCUGUGAAAUCAAGGAAAUUGUCGAUGAUAAUGCCAUUGGGGCAAGAACGGUAGUUGCGGCUGACUUGAAUGGAGAUGGAUGGAUCGAUCUCGCAUCGGCAAGCAAGGACGACGAUACCGUGGCAUGGUACCCCAACGACGGCACCGGUCACUUUCCUACCAAGAUUGUCAUCUCCAAGGACGACGAAGCAUUAGGGGCAUACUCCCUUGUCGCCGCUGACAUUGACGGGGACGGUCAUCAAGAUCUCGUAGUGGCAUCCAAUGGGAAUGACCACGUUUCGCUCUGGCGCAAUGACGGCAAGGGAAAUUUCUCCAAGACACUCAUCUACGACAAUGCCGAUUUUGUUCUAUCGGUGACAGCCGUCGACUUUGAUCGUGAUGGCGAUCUCGAUGUUGCAUCGGCGUCGUUUUUUGAUGGGUACAUUCGAUGGUACGAAAAUGUCGACGGAAAAGGAUAUGUCUGGAAGAAUCAUACCGUCUACGUGGGGAUUCAAGGACAUUAUGUGGCCCAUGGAGACAUGGACGGGGAUGGUGAUGAUGACCUUAUUGCCGUCACGCAUGCCGAAAACACGGUCGCCGUCUUUCUCGCACAAACCAACUGCGACGAAGACAAUCACACAGACGUCAAUCAGCACAAGAGAGAAUGCUGUCAUGUCGGCACGGAAUGGGAUGGACAUUCUUGCGUAAUCUGUCGCAAUGGAACCUACGGUGUUGGAGAAGGCACUCGUGCCAAGUGUGUGGCAUGUCCCACCGAUGCCUGUACCAUUGAAGGACUCGCCGUGGUGCCGGCCACCUGUGCCGGCUAUACAGGAUGUUUCAACUUGGAAGCCAGCAUUUCCCAGUGUUCCUGUCCAGUCAACAGUGUCAAAGAUCCCACGACGGAUGCCUGUGCCAUGUGCCCGGAAGGACAAAUUCGACCCGAACCCGAAUUUUUGGGGCCGCGCGGAAUUGAUACCAUUGGCAAUUACACGCUUUGGGAAAGUCAACAAGGAACCUGUUUUGUCGAUGAACCCACCGAUUACACACCCGUCAUUGUGGUGGCCGUCGUUGUGACGCUCCUUGCACUCAUGGUACUGACGGCAUAUUGGCGUCGGCAACAAGCAUUGAACAAAGCCGAUGCUCUCUGGACGAUUGGCGCCAAGGAAAUUACCUACGACGACCCCGUCGAGAUUCUUGGAUCGGGAUCUUUUGGAACUGUCCUCAAGGGAUACUACCGCGGCACCACUGUGGCUGUCAAAAAGGCACUGAACACGGCAGAAAUCAAGGCCAAAGCACGAAGGGGGUCCAAACAGAAGUACGCCUCCCGAAUGGGAUCCAUUGUGUCGACCGUAUCCGAUCCAGACUCUGAAGAAGAUCGGUUCCGAUUGGGCGCCAAUUCCGGAGUUGUCGCUUUGAGUUUGUCCAGCACGGGUAUGCGCAAGUCGUUUAUUGAAGAAAUGAGAGUCCUGAGCAAAUUGCGACACCCGUGUAUCACGACGGUCAUGGGCGCGGUGAUUCCGGCCCGGGGCAAACCGUUGCUCGUCAUGGAGCACAUGGAAAACGGAUCGCUUCGCGACUUGUUGAGCAAUAAGACAUUCCCUCUCGACCCAGAACAGACGCUUCCGCUGAUUCGCGAUAUUCUGCAAGGCAUGCGCUUCCUUCACGCUGCCGAACCACCCAUUGUCCAUGGCGAUCUCAAGACGGCCAAUGUGUUAGUCGACGUAAACUUCCGAGCAAAGAUUGCUGAUUUCGGUCUUACGGACAGGAAAGGAACGGGUCAAAAAGCUGGAACACCAUUCUGGAUGGCGCCGGAGCUGCUGAAAGGUCAGGCCAUGAGCCCUCAGAGCGACGUGUUUGCAUUUGGAGUUCUGCUGUGGGAGGUCAUGACGCAUAAACUUCCUUACGAGGAUCUGGACUUGCCCUUCAACGAAAUCCUCUACGAGAUCCGCGAAGGCAGAUUGCGUCCGAACUGUAGCCAUGGACUUGACCAGGAGCUCGUGGAAUGUAUGGAGGAUUGUUGGUCGCAGGAGGCCGACAGCAGACCGUCGCUCGCGGACCUGGAAAUGAAGAUCAUCCCUCUCUGCGGUCAGAAUUUCUAUUCUGUGAUGCAAGAAAGGAACAACUUUACGCAAAAGCAGUCCUCAUUGCUGAACGACGUCUUCCCCGAGCAUAUUGCCAAAGAUCUUCUGGCUGGCAAGAAAGUGGAAGCGCAACAUCAUGACUGUGUUUCGAUUUACUUCUCUGAUAUCGUCGGCUUCACGACAAUCUCCUCUGAAUUGGAUGCUGCAGAAGUGUCGGACUUGCUGGAUAGGCUUUACAUCAAAUUUGACGAGCUUGCUGCUUUGCAGGGAGUCUUCAAGCUUGAAACGAUUGGGGACGCUUGGGUGGGAGUGACUAAUUUAUCAGAUAAUCAGGAGGACCAUGCUGUCAGGAUCGCGCGUUUUGCUCUUGAUGCUGUCCACGCUGCAUGGAAAACUCCAAUCCACCCCGGCAAGCCUGAGAUGGGAAAUGUGAAAAUCCGAGUGGGCUUCCAUUCCGGGCCCGUGGUUUCUAAUGUGGUGGGCACGAGAAACCCACGUUUCUGUCUGUUUGGUGACACAAUGAAUGUGGCCUCCAGAAUGGAAUCAUCUUCCAAGGAGCUGAUGGUUCAAUGCUCAGAUGCGGCCGCCAAACUGGCAAUGGGCGAGGAUGAAGGUCUUAAAUUCACGUACCGUGGCAAAAUCAAGGUUAAGGGAAAGGGAAUCAUGAAAACAUAUUGGGUAUCGGAUAAUUACGGUUCAGGGCCUUUCAAUCAUUCGCAGUACGUAGCCGAUGCGUCUUCAGUCGAGUUCACCCAGCGAGAUGGAUCAGUUGAUGGUAUGAACAAUAAUGACGACAUCGAGCCAUUUGAAAACGAACAUCUCGACAAUUCGAACAGUCCAGUUCCGCAGAAUAUUGACAUUGAGGCCCCCGCCGAGCGAGAGGACGAAUUUCGCGACGAAAGCGAAGCCGCACCCCGCGAAGGCGCGAAAACGGUGCAGUUUGCUGCAGUGAUGGGAACUGACGAUGUCAAUGAAUCUCCCGAGGCAGCCUUGCCCCUCAACAAUUCUUCAGCGCAUUCAAAACUUGACCAGUCUGAAAUGGAAUCCUCAUCCCGGCGUCGACGGUCUGUGCAGUUGCCUUUCAUCCGAGUCUAA